AUGCAGCUCGGCGAGAUCGCUGAGCGCUUGUUAGAAGAGGUGCUGCUCAACGAGGAGCCCGGUCCGUCCACCCGGAUCUACUCGAUCAACAGCGCUGUACCACAUCGUGAGCUUAUCAGCGAUGAUGAGGAUGAGAUUGAUCACCGACCUGCACAUCAUGUGCCCCGAGUCACCGCGCAAGAUGUGAUCAACGAGGCAACGGCAAGCAUCGAGGCGGCUUUCGACUCGGUGAGUGAUCUUUUCUCGUCGACUGUCGGUGGGAUGGAUCCACGAGCACUUACACAAAUGCAACACGCAUUGGCUGCAGCUGCCGUCCAAAGAAACUCAGUCUUGCCUCAACAAUUGACCUUUCCGACAGCCCAAUCCUCUCUGUUCUCGUUGGAGGCCCUCCAGGCGGCUCACCUUCAUCCAGCCGCCGGUUUCCUCCUCUCGCCAACGGCAUAUCUUCUACCUGGCACACAGCAACUGGCCUGUCAUUGUAUGUACAACAAUGGAACUCAACCGUGCGCUGUCCACCAUCCGCCGAUCGCCUACGGACAAGCGUCGUCGGCUUUUCCGGUGGUUGCAGCCUCGUCCUCUCAAGUCGCACAAGUUUCCCAGUCAUCUGUGCAACAAGUGACGCGACCUGUUGCUCAAAAUCCUCCCCCACCACCGCCACAAUCGAUUACCCAACAAAUUCAGAAUCUUCAAUCAAAUUCCAAUCAGCAAACGAUUCAAAACACGCCAAUUUCUUCUGUUUUAUCGUUGCCCACAGUCCCACUCCAAUCCUCCCUCCCACCCACUCUUCCAUCAUCGAUGCGAUCAGUAACAAUGCGACUCAAGCGCAACGCGCCACAUCAAAAUCAAAUCUCCCGACUAUCAUCUAAAGUCAGAAGAGUUGAGGGACGACCGUCUGGCGAUGCUGAACUCUCUCCGAAUGAACCGCCGUCAACCUCACAAAUCCAACGCACUCCAUCCCUUGCACUCGGGCAAAUGCAGCUGUGCACAAAUUGCCAAGAGGGUGCCCGUGCUUGCAUCGGCUGUGUCCCUUGCCAUCACUGUGUCUAUUGUCAACACCAUCAAGCCGCCACUUCCACAAAUCCAUCAAAUCUCCAUCAACGAUCACUCGCUCAACCGAAUCCCAUUGGAUCUUCUCCACUUCUCCAUUGCUCACACAACUCUUCCACUUCUACUUCACAAACGGUGCCCAGUCCAGUCGGUGUCCAACAAGUGCAACGGGAUCAGGCUGCAGCCGCUUUGCAACAGGCUCACGCGGCCGCAGCUAGUACGGCAGCCUCGCUACAAGAGCAAGCCUUAUUACGCUAUCGAACGCUGAACGAAGCGAUCUGGACACGACAAUUGUCAGCUUUUGACGCGACAACGAAUGUGGCUGCUACACAAAUGACCGCAUCUCCAGCACAAUUGUUGACCCCGUUUACCCUACGACAACUCUCACUCACCUCACAGCCAUUGUUCGUCGUACCAAGGCCAGGGUUUCCGACAUCGAUUCAAAAUGCGACUCGUUUGGAUGGAUUUGUGUUGGCCACACUUCCCCCGGAAUUCGUCGAUGUUCGCCCGCUUGAGCGACAACAUGCAACAACGGUUUUUGGUGGUCAACCUGUCGCUGAACCGCAACCCGUCGGCGCAUCACUGGCUGACAUUGAGAAAUUCACUGAAAGGAAUGAAUUCGUCAAAGAUGUCGAGGUACCUGAGAAUGAGAAAGAGCGAUGCACUGUUUGUUUAAUGGAAUUUGAGACGGGCGAAGGAGUGAGGAAGCUUCGAUGCACACAUCUCUUCCAUGUUGAUUGCAUUGACAAAUGGCUUGUCUACAACAAGAAAUGUCCGGUUUGUCGUGUCGAGGUUGAUUGCCCGGCAAAGACACUACUCGUC